AUGGUUUUGCGUUGCUACAGUCGGCGGCACCUGGUUCCUGCCGCUCGAGCGCUGCGACAACACAUUUCAACGGCGGCUCCACUUGCGGCAGCACAGACAUCACUGCCAACGUCGCAAAUUCGCCUACCGGAAGCGGUUCUCCCUCGACGACAGCGCGAGGAUGCCAAAGCGGAGAAGCAACAGCGUCACGAGAGCUGGUCCUUCUUCUUUCCCGAUCAUCUUCCCUGGGCUCAGAGGCUACCCACCUCGCCACGAGCAAGGCAUCCUCUCGUCAAGAAGCUCAUCUCAGAGAUUUACAGCCCCUCGCGCGAUCCUUCCGCAAACCGGGUAUGGAACGCGUACAUGGAUCUGAAAGAGUCGUACGAUGCCAACGUGGCCAGCUCCUCGUCUUCUUCUUUCUCCACUUCCUCUUCGCUUCUCACGCAGCUCGAGCCAUGUCACCUCCAGCAUCUCCUCCGUGCCAUUGAUCCUUCCGUAGCAAAAACGAGAAAGCUCUCUCGCGCCGAGAGCAAGCGUCGACAGAGCAUGCAGCAGCAGCAAUCUCUCCUUGCUUCCGGUGAAGCUCCGUCCAGCAUUCUUCUCGUCGAACCACACAGCUCUCGGCACUCGGGCAAGGUCUUUGAUGCUCAGCACUCCGUGCGCGAGUACAUGCGUCGCGUUCAAAUCAUCUUUCGCGACAUGAGGCUCCACUCGUCCAUCCUGACCGCCAGCAGCUCUGCCGUGGAGACCCUCCCCAGCCUUGCCGACUACAACCACGUCCUUUCUCGCCUGGCCUCGGGAGGUCACAUUGGUCCCAUGUCGUCGAUCUGGAACGAGAUCACCGGCAGCUCGCCUCAGACGGGCUCAAAAGGCCUUCAUCCUAACCAUUACACAUACAGAGAGCUCAUGAUUGGACUGAGCCGACACGCCACCGAGCAGAUCGAGCGAGUGCAAAAGGGCGAAGCCUCCAAGCUGUUCAACCAUUCGGGCAAGAAGAAACAGCUCGAAAAGUCUGCAAGAUCGGCUGCCGCGGGGAUCGCCAAGUAUGGCCAGGUGCUGGCCCCAUCUGCCAGAGCCGCGGCCAUCCUCGCCGCUCUGCGCACCAUGGCGUUGCUCAAGGAUAUGAAGGAUCAUGCGGUGACGCCAAACCAGAUCACACUCGACUUUGCCGCCAGGACGCUGCGAAUGGCGGGACACAUCGACGGCCUUCACUUGCUCAUGCAACAGGCCUACGGCAUCGACCUCAACACGCCCGACUCUGCGAAUACAGCACAGAAGCAACAUGGCGGCGUUGCACCCACUGUGCACACUCUCAACACCAUCCUCAUGGCGCUCGGUGAGCAAGCCAGUGUGCCAGAGAUGUUUGCCGCUUUCGAGACGCUGGCCAAGCCUCUACCGCUCAACACGGCCAACGCGAAUGCAGCAGCUUCAGCAGAAGGCGUCUUUUCGACCAACUGGAAGGAUGUCUUUAGCAGCAUACGCAACCGCGACGCCGAGGUCUCGCAGCAAGGUAACAAUACCGACGAGCCCGCCGUUCCGGAGGUGUUUACCUACUCUUACCCGCAAAGGAUUUCACCCAACACCAAGACCUUUGAAGUGCUACUGCGUCACUGCUGCACCGAGGUGGACCCGCUUCGAUCGCCCGUCGCUCUCAAGACCGAAAGCAACACCAGCAACAUUGCCACUCUUGCAAAGGAAGUGACCGAGCUGGCGCUUGCUGACAUGCAGGACGGCGGAAUGCGUGCUGCUGAGAUGGAACGCAGGACAAAGGGUGCCUAUGUCUUGUUUGCCAAGAGCCUUCUGGCAGAAGCCUUGGACAGGUCCGACGAGCUCUUGCGUGUGACAGCGCGCAACCUUGGUAUCGACUUCGAACGAUCCGAGCAACCAGCAAGUCCGAAGAGCUCUGCAGAGGGCGCCGGUGCUGGACCUCAUACUGAUGGGAUCGACUCGGUCCAGUUGCGUCCUGAACAUUUGCGCAUCUCUGUCGCUGCGGGACGUGCGAUGGAUGCCGACUUUGUGCCGAUCCUCGAGCCGCCCUCGUUCUCCAUCACGGCGACAAUGGUAGAGCCGUUCAUCUCGCUGGCGUCAUCGCGCAAGAGCCUGGGUGAGCUGCGCUGGAUCCGCUCGAUCCUGUCGAGAGCACUAGAGAACAAGUCUGCAGAAGCUCGAAUGAUCGAUACGGCGUGGCAAGUCUACAGCGCGCGCUACUCCAAGACGCGUCAGCUUGUGUCGGCUCAAGAGGGUGGCAGCGCGCCUGCUUCUGCGGAUUUGCACAAUCUCGCGCCCCUGAAGCUCAACAACGGAAAGCCCAACGAGGUCUUCGCCUUCCUCCACCGACUCCGCCAGCAGCACCGACUGGCUUCGAAGCAGGCUCAAGCUCUGGAGCAAUUGCUGUACGACCGAUUGGAUGAGCGUAGGCAGCAACUGGCGACGCGCAGGACCAAUCGACAGAUGCAGCGAGCACUCGGUCAUCGCGAGGAAAGAUUGCGAGCCGAGAAGCAACGGCUCGAGGAGGAGGAGCGCGAGGCAGCCCGAAAGGCACAGGCGGCCGAGGCGAGGAGGUUGCGAGCGCUGCAGAAGGAACAGCAGGAGGCUCAACAAGCGUCUGCUGACGACACCAGCUCGCACAUCCACGUUGCCUCGACAGUUGCAGCUUAG